AUGGAUAAAAAGAAAGAUGAAAGGUCACCUAGGCCUUCUACAUCGAUCCCACAGGCACAGCAUCCAUCAAUGCCACAUUUUGGACCAACGAUGCUCUAUCCUCCGUCGAGUAAUGCGGAGGAGUUGGGCCAAGUUCAAAAUAUUAUGCUGCCCCCAUCAAUGCCACAUUUUGGACCAACAAUGCUCAACCCGUCGUCGAGUAAUGCAGAGGAGUCGGGCCGAGUUCAAAAUAUUAUGCUGCCCCCAUCAAUACCACAUUUUGGACCAACGAUGCUCUAUCCUCCAUCGAGUAAUUCAGAGGAGUCGGCACGAGUUCAAAAUAUUAUUCUGCCCCAAUCAAUACCACCGCUUGGACCAACGAUGCUUAACCCUUCGUCGAGUAAUGCGGAGGAGUCGGGCCGAGUUCAAAAUAUUAUGCUGCCUCCAUCAAUGCCACCUUUUGGACCAACGAUGCUCAACCCUUCGUUGAGUAAUGCGGAGGAGUCGAGCCGAGUUCAAAAUAUGAGUAAUGAAAAUUCAUCGGACGUAUGUAAAGAGGGAGAGGCCGAGGGGACUAAUGAAGUAUCGAAUGAUGGAGUUGAGGAGCCAAAACCUGGUAUGGAGUUUGCCACUGAUAAAGAGCUUAUGGCCUAUUACAAGCGAUAUGCCAAGCAACAAGGUUUUGGUAUUAUAACACAAAGGACGAAGAGAGAAGCAGAUGGGAGUGCCAAGUAUCUGACAAUAGGGUGUGCGCGGGGUGGCAAGUAUCAUCCUAGCCACAACAAUAUCUCGAGGCCAAGACCAACAACUAAAACUGAUUGUAAGGCGAGGAUAAAUGCUCAUUUGGUGAAGGGUGUAUGGGUGAUGACCACUGUUGAGAUUGCCCAUAAUCAUAGUACCGUCAGCCCCCAGAAGUCUAGGUUUUUUAGAUCGCACAAAUGUUUGGAUGAAUACAGUCAAAGGAUGCUAGAUUUGAAUGACAGAGCAGGUAUUCGAAUGAAUAAGAAUUUCGGAGCACUUGUUGUUGAUGCGGGGGGGUUUGAAAAUCUUGAUUUCCAAGAAAAAGACUGUCGAAAUUUCAUUGACAAAGCCAGACAGUUAAGGUUGGGUAAAGGAGGUGGUGAGGCACUUACUGACUACUUUAAGAGGAUGAGGUUGAUCAAUGAUGGCUUUGUUUCUGUUGUGGAUGUGGAUGAAGACUUGAGAAUCAGAAAUGUGUUCUGGGCUGACGCACGAAGUCGAGCAGCUUAUGAGUAUUUCGGAGAUGUCAUCACAUUCGAUACGACAUACCUAACAAAUAGAUAUAGUAUGCCUUUUGCUCCCUUUGUUGGGGUCAACCAUCAUGGGCAGUCUAUACUGUUAGGGGUUGGCUUGAUUUCAAGCGAGGACACAGCUACUUUUGUGUGGUUGUUUCGCGCAUGGUUGCAGUGCAUGGAUGAUCGAGCUCCAAAAGCGAUAAUAACAGACCAAGACCGAGCAAUGAAGUCCGCUAUUGCAUUGGUAUUCCCAAACACUCGCCAUAGAUAUUGUCUAUGGCACAUACUGCGAAAACUUCUCGAGAAAUUGGGAUCUCACUCCCAAUUCAAUAAUGGGUUGAAGACUUCCAUUCUUAGUUCCAUAUAUGAUUCACAGUCAUGUGCAGAAUUUGAGGAGAAGUGGGGGCAACUAAUUCAGAAGUAUGACCUUGGUGAUAAUGCAUGGUUGCAAGGGUUGUAUACGGAGAGGUCGUUCUGGGUACCAGCUUACUUAAGGGGGGUAUUUUGGGCUGGCAUGAGCACUACACAACGGUCUGAAAGUAUGAAUGCUUUCUUCGAUGGAUUUGUGCAUUCUGGUACAACACUAAAAGAAUUCGUAGAUCAAUUUGAUAAUGCUUUGAGGAAAAAGGUAGAGAUCGAGACUACGGCUGAUUUCAUGUCCUGCAACCAAACUAUCCCAUGUGUAUCUCCAUUCCAGAUUGAGAAGCAGUUUCAAGCGCUGUAUACAAAUGCUAAGUAUAAAGAGGUCCAGAAAGAGUUGUUGGGGAUGAUGUGUAGUAAUUGUCUAUUUCUCAACAAGGAAGGUUGCAUUUCCACAUUCGAUGUUUUGGAUGAAAUUACUAUUGAGGAUGACCAUGUCAAAACCGUCAAGUACACCGUUUAUUAUAACGAGGAGGAGUGUGAACUGAAAUGCACGUGUGCAUUAUUUGAGAUGAAGGGGAUCCUUUGUAGACAUGUACUGAAAGUUUGUCAGAUGAAGAAGAUUCACAGUGUACCAGAGAAGUACGUCUUAGAUCGAUGGCGGAAGGACUUGAAAAGGAGAUACACACUGGUCAAAAGUAGCUACGAUGACAUGUGGCAAAAUGCAGACGCACGAAGGUAUGAGCUUGUUGUGAAACGAUGUCUAAAAUUGGCAACCCGUGUAUCCCAGCGUGAUGACCAUGUGAAUGCAUUCAUGUGCCAUUUGGAUGAUUUUGAGAAUAACUUUAAGGGAUUACCACUUGAAUCUGGUUCAACUAAGGUCAGAGAAAACGUGGCAGUGGACAAUGAUAAGAAAAUAUUAAGCUCGCACGUUGUUCGAGGGAAAGGAAGGCCUCCAUCGAAAAGGAAGGUUCCACCUGUGGAGAAGGCUGCGACCAAGCGAAGAAAGAAACAGAUUUGCAGGAAAAUAUUUGAUGAUGAAUCACAACAUGGUGAGGUAUCGGAAGCUCAAGCUAGUGCUAAAGUGGAUCAACUUGGUUCUAAUGUUGAUGAUAUUCUUGUUGAAAUACAAUGUAGUACAGUUACACAACCAACACCAUUGGGCACCGAUGAGGUUGCGGUUGUGCCUUAA